GACCAAUGGUGGUCGCAGAAGUAGGCCGAGUAUAAAAACAGAAGGCGCCGCUGCGGAUGACCUGACUAGUUGUUUCAGCAGUGUGGUGUUUAGUUUGUUACCGAUGGCGUGCUUUAACAGUGCGUUACUCACUUUCUUUGCGUGUUGUGUCAUUGGCGCAUAUGCGCAAGAUGAUGCUGCCCCAAAGAAAGAAGAAAGCUUCGAAGCUGAGCUCUGCAAGGACAAAGAUGCUGGUGAAUGGUUCCGUUUAGUGGCAGGCGAAGGAGAUAACUGUCGUGAUGUUAUCCAGUGUACAUCUUCCGGUCUGCAAGCAAUCCGUUGUCCAGCUGGACUUUACUUCGACAUAGACAAGCAGACAUGCGACUGGAAGGAUUCAGUCAAGAACUGCAAAACCAAAAACAAGGAGAGGAAGGUGAAGCCUUUGUUGAUCACCGAUGAGCCUCUUUGUCAGGAUGGUUUCCUGGCUUGCGGAGACAGUAACUGCAUCGAGAGGGGGCUGUUCUGUAACGGAGAGAAAGAUUGCAGCGAUGGUUCAGAUGAAAACAGCUGUGACAUCGACAAUGACCCCAACCGUGCCCCACCUUGUGACCCCGCCGUAUGCACCCUCCCCGACUGUUUCUGCUCAGAAGAUGGUACCACAAUACCCGGCGAUCUGCCAGCUAAAGACGUACCCCAGAUGAUCACCAUCACCUUCGACGACGCUAUCAACAACAACAACAUCGACUUGUACAAGGAAAUUUUCAACGGACAAAGGAAAAACCCGAAUGGUUGCGACAUCAAAGCCACCUUCUUCAUUUCGCACAAGUACACUAACUACUCGGCUGUGCAGGAAAUGCACCGUAAAGGUCAUGAAAUAGCCGUACAUUCUAUUACGCACAAUGACGACGAAAGAUUCUGGUCCAACGCCACAGUGGACGACUGGGCCAAGGAAAUGGCCGGUAUGAGGAUCAUCGUCGAGAAAUAUGCCAACCUCACAGACAACAGCGUGGUAGGAGUCAGAGCUCCCUACCUCAGGGUCGGAGGCAACAACCAAUUCACCAUGAUGGAAGAACAAGCCUUCUUGUACGACUCGACCAUCACUGCACCCCUAAGCAACCCACCACUAUGGCCUUACACCAUGUACUUCCGCAUGCCUCACCGUUGCCACGGAAACGUACAGAGCUGUCCCACCAGGAGUCACGCCGUAUGGGAAAUGGUCUUGAACGAGCUAGACAGAAGGGAAGAUCCAACCAGCGACGAAAACGUCCCUGGAUGCGGUAUGGUGGACUCAUGUUCGAACUUGUUGACCGGGGAUCAAUUCUACAACUUCUUGAACCAUAACUUCGACAGGCAUUACGAGGAGAACAGAGCUCCUAUGGGCCUCUACUUCCACGCCGCGUGGUUGAAGAACAACCCUGAGUUCUUGGAAGCCUUCUUGUACUGGAUCGACGAGAUCCUCUCCAAUCACAACGACGUCUAUUUCGUGACCAUGACUCAGGUUAUCCAGUGGAUCCAAAACCCGAGACCAAUCACCGAAGUCAAGAACUUUGAGUCAUGGAGGGAGAAGUGUAACGUUGAAGGGAAUCCAGCCUGUUGGGUUCCUCACUCUUGUAAAUUGACCUCCAAAGAGGUUCCCGGGGAAACCAUCAACCUCCAGACAUGCGUGCGUUGUCCCAACAACUACCCAUGGUUGAACGACCCAACUGGAGAUGGAUUCUUCUAGAUGGUCCAUGAAAAACCUGCCCUGGAUCGACCGGGUUUUUAGUGAUUUUUUUUCCUAUUACAUCUUUUGUAUUUAUUGUUUCCGGAGGACUGAUUGUGCGUUAUACUGUUGAUCUUGAAGAUGAACAUCUCUCACUAUUGUUAGACUGUUAGUUCGAAGGCAUGCGGAUAGUGCCAGAAGUGAUAAGGCAAUGUAACAUAACUCAAUUGAUUGAUACCAUUAGACAAGAAUUAUUGUAAUAUGAAUUUGUAAUAAAAAACAUGGUUUCAA